CAGCGUAACAGCUGAGGCGGGAUUUUCGGCGUCCUCUUUGAGGCCGACAGUUUGGCCUCCCUCCGGCUCAUUCACUCUAUCCGCGGUUCCCGAGCGCUGCGGCGGAACCCUAGAGAUGGGACCGAGAAGGAUCGUUGUCCUCGCUGCACAGUGGCGGGGCUGAGGCUUGGCGCUGCUCCGAGUGACCCGGCCAACCCUGGGAUAGGGACCGCCAAGCCCGGGUCUCCGUUGUUCCCAGAGUCCAAUGGAGGCGGCCGCGCUGAGGGCCCAGGCUCAGGUUCCUGUGGCUGCAGAAGCUCUUAUGGAACCAAUACAGGUCCCAGGUUCUUGUCCCAUGUCGAAGAAGAAUGAGGUUACCUGGACAACUGAAGGAUGAGAAGGGUGGAGAAGAGUUUUUAUUGAAUGAUGAAACAGCUCUCAGCAGAAAGUGAACCCCAAGUGGGUGGCCCCUACCUGAAGUAGACCUCCCCACUCGAAGGGCACUGUGACCUUUGAAGAUGUGGCUGUGAACUUUUCCCAGGAGGAAUGGAGUCUCCUUAGUGAGGCUCAGAGAUGCCUUUAUCAUGACGUGAUGCUGGAGAACCUGGCACUUAUAUCUUCUCUAGGUUGUUGGUAUGGAGCUAAAGACGAGACACCUUCUAAGCAGACCCUUUCUAUACAACAAGAGUCCCCACUCAGGACACAUUGGACAGGUGUAUGUACCAAGAAGGUCCACCUCUGGGGAAUGUGUGGCCCUCUCCUGGGAGAUAUCUUACACCAGGGAACACAACACAAUCAGAAAUUGAAUGGGUUUGGGGCACGUGAAAAAACAUUGGAUGACGAUGCAAACCAUCAUCAAGAACAGAGGCGGCACAUAGGAGAGAAAUCGUACAGAAGCAAUGCCAAGGGAACAUCAUUUGUAAAGAACUAUAAAUUCCAUGUGUCACAUGAGCCAUUUAUCUUUCAUGAGGUUGGGAAAGACUUUUUGUCCAGCUUGAGAUUACUCCAACAAGAGGACAUUCACGCUUCAGGGAAGUCAAACUUUGAAACUAAGCAUGGGAUACCCCUUCAGGGUGGAAAAACUCAUUACAUCUGUGGAGAGUCCACAGUACCCUUCAGCAACAAACACUCACUUGUCCUUCACCAGAGACUUCUCCCUGGGGAAGGACCUUAUGUAUGCAGUGAUUCUGGGAAAUUCACUAGCAAAAGUAAUAGUUUCAAUAAUCACCAGAGAGUUCACACUGGAAAAAGACCUUAUCAGUGUGGACAGUGUGAUGAAUCAUUUUGGUAUAAGGCCCACCUCACUGAACACCAGAGAGUUCACACUGGAGAAAGACCUUAUGAGUGUGGAGAAUGUGAUAAAUCUUUUAGUCAUAAGCACAGUCUUGUUGACCAUCAGCGAGUUCACACUGGAGAAAGACCUUAUGAAUGUAAUGAAUGUGGGAAAUCUUUUAGCCAUAAGCGCAGCCUUGUUCACCACCAGCGAGUUCACACUGGAGAAAGACCUUAUCAGUGUGGAGAAUGUGGGAAAUCAUUUAAUCACAAGUGCAACCUCAUUCAGCAUCAGCGAGUUCACACUGGAGAAAGGCCCUUUGAGUGUACGGCAUGUGGGAAGUUAUUUAGGAGCAACUCCCACCUAAAGGAACACCAGAGAGUUCACACUGGAGAAAGACCCUAUGAGUGUAAAGAAUGUAGGAAGUCAUUUAGAUACAAGUCACACCUCACUGAACACCAGAGAGUUCACACCGGAGAAAGGCCAUACGAGUGUAGAGAAUGUGGGAAAUGUUUUCAUCAAAAGGGCAGUCUCAUUCAACAUCAGCAAAUCCACUCUGGAGAAAGGCCACAUGAGUGUGGAGAAUGUGGGAAAUGUUUUCAUCAAAAGGGCAGUCUCAUUCGACAUCAGCAAAUUCACUCUGGAGAAAGGCCACAUGAGUGUGGAGAAUGUGGAAAGUGUUUUCGUCAGAAGGGAAACCUCAUUAAACAUCAACGAGUUCACACAGGAGAAAGACAUCAUGAAUGUUGAAAAUUUGGCAAAUCUGUUGGUUAAAAGGGCACCCUCAUUCACCAUUCGUGAGAUCACACUGGAAAGUGCUUAUGAGUGUGGAGAAUGUGCAAAAUCAUCUAACCAAAAGGUUGGCCUCAUUCAACAAUAGCAAGAUCACACUCGGGGAAGGCUUUGUGAGUGUAGAGAAGGUAUGAAAUCCUGUACGUAGAAGGUUUGCCUCACUAAAUACCAGAGGGAUCACACUGGAGAAAGACCCUAUAGUUAUGGGGAAUUUGGGAAAUUACUUAACAAGAAGUCCCACCUCACUGAACACUACUGAGUUCACAGUUGAGAAAGGCCAUAUGACUGUAAGGAAUUUGUGAAAUUAUUUAGCCAGAAAAGCUGCAUUACUAUUCAUCAGAGAAUUUACAAUGGAGAAAGGCCAUAUAAAUGUAUAAUAAAUGUGAGAAAUCAUUUCCGUACAGCUCUGUGCUUCAUGUUCAUAAGAAUUCACACUGGACAAAGCCUUAUGAGAGCAGCGAGUAGAAAAUCCUUUGUGGGAAAACUCUGGUCUCAUUAAACACAGGAGAGUUCAUACUAGAGAAAGGCCUCAACAGUGUAGCAAGUGUGGAAAGACAUUUACCAGAAGCUCUGCCCUGCAAGUUCACACUAGAGAAAGCCCUUCUCCGUGAAGUAAAUUUGGAAAAUUGAUUAGUCAAACCUCUAUGCUCCUUCAAGAUCAGAGUUCACACCGGAUCAAGGCUCUAUGGUGUGACAAAUGUGGCAUAUUCUUUGUCUAAAUGUCUAACUUUAUUAUGCACAGACAAGCUCCUGCUGUGGAAGUGCCUUUUGAGUGCAGAGAAUUUGAUGAAGGCGUCACUCUUCUUUCAUUGGAUACCAGAAUGUUGACAGGAGAAAAAUAACAUAGGUGUGUGGGAAUAUUACUUCUUGUCCAGUGUAACUGUGGGAGAGAGCCCUUAUGAGGAUGCCAUCAACCUAUAUUGAAUGUCAUAUGUCCAAUAGCUGCAUAAAUUCCAGGUAUACUGAAGCUGUAUUGCAUUUCUCAUCUUGAGUACGUCCUUGCCAGAUUUAUUGCAUUCUUAGGUCUCUGGCAAAAGCCAUUUCACCUCUACCACUUGGCAGGUACCUACAGUGCAUCACUCAUGCACUCCAUCAUAUUCCAGAAAAAAAGUUCAAGUUGUCUCCCAUUCAGCAGUGGGAUUUUUGAGUAGCCUCUGUACUCGUUCCUUUCUCAUUUCUGUAUGAGGAGUUGGGUCAUGGACCUGACUCAGUUUUGGCCUAGAGCAGAAGUGUCCAAUCUUUUGGCUUUUUUGGUCCACAUUGAAAGAAUUGUCUUGUGCCACAUAUAAAAUACAUUGACACUAAUGAUAGCUGAUGAAUUAAAAAAAAAAAAAUCACACAAAACCCCUCAUAAUGUUUUAAGAAAGUUUACAAAUUUGUGUUGGGCUGCAUUCAAAGCUGCCCUGAGAUAAUGCGGCCCACAAGCUGUGGCUUGGACAAGCUUGGCCUAGAGAAUUUUUCUGAUUACCUGACAAGAUGGGCUGUCUUUCCUAGGAAUCUCAUGAUUCUCACGAUUCUUAAGAUGGAAUUUUCUAGCCUCUAACUCACCAACCCAAGUACAAGCUGCCUCUCAUUGUUCUAGUUUCUGCUAUGAUGCAGUCCUUAUUUAAGCUUCCUUCAAUCUUGGGAAUUGUGUUGACUGUAUUGUGUGAAUUGUAUAUUUACUGCAUUGUGUGGCUUAGAUACAACAUGGUUCUGGUACCAUGAAAGUUUGUUGGGAUUACUAAACUGUGUGACUCUUAGGGGACAGUAUGAAGGCAGAAUAUAGCUCUACAUUUGUGGCCUAGUUUGGAUGGCUGCCUGAGGCCUCCAAAGAAAGACUUCAGGGCUUUGUGAUCUUUAUUUUUAGACCAAAUAUUGCAAUAUGUGUUUUCAUAAAUUAACCUGAGUAAGGGACAGUUUUUGUGACACACUUUGGUGCUUCUGAGAACAGCACAAAAUUAUUCUCUUGUUUAUAAGGGAUAUUGCAUUCUGCUCAGUACUGGUGAGGGAAAUCUCUUCUCAAGUCCUAUAGUGCAUUCAUGUGUCCUGAAGUCCAGAAUUCUGUAGGAUAGUGUCCUACAUUAUAAGCCUGGAGGAAGAAAUCAUAAUUCUUUAAUUUUUACUUUUUUAGGGACAUGAUGUCACUCUGAAACUCAGGCUGGAAUACACUGGCAUGGUCAUACCUCACUGCGGCCUCAAACUGCUGGGCUCAAGUGAUCCUCCUGCCUCAGCCUCCCGAGUACCUGAGAUUAGCCCAGGUAAUUUAAGAAUUUUUUAUAGAGAUAGGGUUUUGCUAUUUUACCCUGACUGAUGUUCAACUCCUGGCUUCAACUAAUCCUCUAGCAUACGCCCUUGAAAGCACUAGGAUUACAGGUGUGAGCCACCAUGCCCAGUCCACAAAUAAUUUUUAUAGAAUUAGCAUUUCUAGGUAGUAAAGCAGACUGCAACAGAAUAGUUGGGAUACACUUUUUUUUUAAAAAGGCAUCCACAAUGAUUCAGUCACUAUGUCUGUGAUGGAUAAGCAGGUAUAGAAAUUUUCAGGACCUCCAUAAUUAUGAAUCUAGUGUAGCUUAGGUCAUUGUCAGAGUAAAUCUAAAGGUUUUGUGGAUUUCUGUAGCCUAUCUGGGCUGCUUAUCAAAAAGCCAUCCCUGAAUUAGUAGGAGGAAGAGGAUAGGGAGUCCAGUGAUGUGGCCUUUGCAACCAGCCAGCAUUCCAAUUAGGUGGAAAUGAUCUUCCUGGCUCAUAAGUAUUUGGUAUCACACAGGCUAGUUGCCCGCCUUAGGGCAUGAUGAGAGUUAGUAGAGUCAAUGUAGAAUCACAUAACCUGUUUAUCAAAAAUAAUGUUAGAUAGUUCUUUCAAAUUAUAUUUUUAAAGCUGUUAUAAGACUGGGCAUGGUGACUUAUGCCUGUUACCCCAACACCUUGGGAGUCCAAGAUGGGAGUAUUGCUUGAGGUAAGGAGUUUGAGACUAUCCUGGGUCCCAUAAUAAGACCCUGUCUCUUAAAAAAUAAAUAAAUAUCUUUCUCUCUGGCCUCUCCAUCCUCCAGACAAUCACUGAAUUACAAUAUUUGCUUAACAGUAGAUUAGUGUCAAUUUUCUGGAAUGUUAUAUGACUGAUAUAACAUGUUUCCUCUUUUCAUACCUGAGUACUCUCCUGAGUCCUGUUUAUUUUGAUGUUCUUAUUUUUUCUUUAUUAUUUUUAUUUCACAUAGCAGGGAUGCAUAUUUUGACAUUCAUCAAUCAUGAUAUAUGAGUAGUUCAUUCUUUUUAUCUUAGAAUUUGACAUGCUAUGGAAAUCGCUGUAAGAAUUCAUCUGCUUAUGGAUAUGUUAUUGCUUCUCGUUUUUGUCUGUUAGGAAUAAAACUGCUUGUUACACACAUUUGAAUGCAA